CACUGACCGCUGCCCGCUCUCUCCGGCCACAGGAGCGUCCGGCCGGGGGGUCGCAGGUGCUGCUGACCGCUCGGGGCCCGGGGGGGUCACUCGUGCUGCUGGACGUCCGAACCGACAACGUCCGGCGCAGCCAGGCCGAGCUCCGGACACUGCUGGGCCGCCACGGGGCCUCGCUGACCGAUGACGUCCGGCACGCCUUCGAGGCCGUGGGCGUGGUCCGAGUGUCCGGCCGGACGCUGGCCAUGGAGGCCGCGCUGGAGCUGGCCGCAGCGGCCGGAGCCCAGGACGUGGUGGCCGAAGACGAGGCCGAGCUCAAGGUGGGUCCGGCCGCUGGCUGACCGCUGCCGCCGGUCACUCAGCGGGCAGUGGUCACUCCCUAAGCGACCCCUGGUGGUCAUCGGUCACUUCGGGGAGUGACCGGUGACCACCCUGAGUGACCCCUUGACCACCCCCCGACCCCUUGGUGACCCCUUGAUCCCCCUGAGUGACCCCUUGACCACCCUGAGUGACCCCUGUCCACUCCCCUGACCUCUCAGUGACCCCUUGACCACCCUAAAUGACCACUGACCCCUCACUGGUCCCUUGACCACCCUGAAUGACCACUGACCCGUCGGUGUUCCCUUGUCCACCCUGAGUGACCCCUUGACCACCCUGAAUGACCACUGACCACCCCCCUGACCCCUCACUGACCCUUGACCCCUCCCUGAUCCCUUGCCCACUCUUGAGUGACCUCUUGACCACCCCCUUGACCCCUCGGUGAUCCUUUGUCCACUCUGAGUGACCCCUGCCCACCCCGCUGACCUCUCACUGACCCCUUGACCACCCCACUGACCCCUCGGUGA